AUGGCUGAUAAAAAAGAUGAUGUUAAAAAUGAUGAUCCAAGAUUGGAUUUUUUAUAUCAAUAUUUAUCUCGAACAAGUAAAUUAAAACAAGAUAAAUUUUUAAAGAUGCUUGCUACUGAAGAUUUUAAGGACAUAAUUAUUAAAUUUUUUAAUACACCAGAAGAAAGUGUUUUAAUAAUUCAAAUAACAUCAGCUGGAAUUGUCAUUCCAAAUUUAGGAAUAAUUCCAGAAUCAAAAGUAAAAUCGUCCUAUUUUCUUCGUCGUGAAUGUGUUAAUAUAACUGAUGACAAUUACCGUGAUGUAUUGAUUCCAGGUGAUUUAUCACCACAUGCUAUUGAUGAAUUUGCUCUUCUACUUGACAAUGUUUACAUACCAAUAUUAUCAAACCCAAAUAAUCACCAGGGUUGGCCUUGUGUUGUUGUUGAUGACGUCAAAAAACAUCUCUAUGACAUGCGAAAUACAGUAUACGAGCUACAAGGUAAAAUUGCUGGACAAAUAUAUUUACCAAUGCCUCAGGGAAUUGAAAAUUUGUAUGAUAUUGAUCAACUAACAAGUGAAAAAAUUGAUCUUUCAUUUAAAAAUAAUAUUGAAGACAUUGUCACAAGAUGGACAACACAAAUGAAUGAAUUUUUUGAUCAAGAUAGUUCACAUAUAUUUAAUGAAGGAAAUCAACCACUACCAAAUUCUGAAAUAACAUUUUGGCGUAAUAGAUUAAAAAACAUCGAGUCAGUUUAUGAUCAAUUAAAAGAUCCAAGAGUUAAGAAAAUAGUACGUCUUCUUGAAGUAACUGAGAGUCCUUAUCUAAUGGCAUUCAAGACAUUAUUUAAAAAUAUUGUUGCUGCUGUUGUUGAAGCAAGAGAUGUUUGUUUAUAUUUAAAACCACUUCAAUCUCAAUUUGAUGAAAUUGAGACUCUUGAUAUACCAGAAAUACGAACAAAGCUUAAAACAUUAUUACACACAAUGUGUCUUGCUUGGACCAAUUCAAAAUACUAUUGUUCAACAACUCGUAUUAUAACUCUUCUAAAAGAAAUUUCAAAUCUUAUAAUAUCACAAGCAUCAAAAUAUCUUGAUUCAAGUUCAUUAUUUCAAGGUGACAUUGAUGAUAAUCUUAAAAAAAUUAUAACUGUCUUGGACGUCAUACAACACCUACGUGAUUUAUUUGAAAAUACACGUAUUAAUAUUGAGCAUUAUUUUAAAUAUCCAAGCAAACCAAUACUCUGGUCAUUUCAUGAAAAAUUAGUAUUUGAAAGGCUCAUGAAAUACGAAGAAAGAUUAAAAAAAAUAAAGAAUUUAUUUGAAAUAGCACAAGAUUAUUUGCGUCUAGAAAAAAUUGAAAUAACUGGUUUAAAUGGUAAAUCAUUGUCUCAGAUGGUACUUGAUAUAUAUGAUGAAUUUUUAAAAGCAUACAAUGAACUGGGAGCUGUUGAGUAUGACAUUUUACUUCCAGAGAAUGAAGAAUUUACAAAACACAUUGAAAUAUUUCUUGAUAAAAUUGAAACGUUCGACAGAAGAUUGGCAUCAAUAUUUGAUAAAGCUUUUGAUGGAUGUUGUAAUAUUGAAGAUACAUUUAAACUUGUAUGGUUAAUGGGAACAAUUGGAUUACGACCAAUUAUUAAAUUACAACUUUGGCAUAAUCAUGAAAUUUUAUUAUCAAAUAUUCAUCAUGUUCUUGAUGAUGUCAAGAAAAUAUUUGAUGACAAUAUUGAUAUGAAAAUAAAAACUGGACGAAUGAAAGUAGAUAAAUAUUUUCCACCAGUAGCUGGUUCAUUGUGUUGGUUGAUGAAGUUGAAGCGUCGCAUUAAUUAUCCUGUUGAGUCAAUAAAGUUGAUAGAUCAUCCGUUACUAGUCAGUCAAUCAGCACGCGAUAUUGCCAACAAGUACGAACAACUAAAUAAUAUACUCGAUGAAUUUGAUCAAUUAUUGUUCAAUGAAUGGGCAAAUAAAGUGCCACAAAUAUGUGAAGAAAGUCUCAACAAAUGUAUAUUUAUUAUAAAUGAUGAUAAAUUAAUUGAGUCUAAUUUUGAUUCAAAGCUAUCAGCAAUAUUAAAAGAAACAAGAUACAUGAUGAUUAUGGGAAGAAGCCAAUUGCCACAAGCAGCUAUUGAUUUAUUUUCAAAAACACAAUUUUUAUUUGAAAAUAAUUACAGCAUUAGUCUCAUAACAACUUGUUUAGAUGUUGAAUUGGAAUUAUUACGUGAAGAAAUUGAAAUGAUUGAUAAUUUAAUUAAUGAUGGACAAAUUAUUUACACCUGGAAUUCACCAGAGACUCCGGAAUACGUUGAAAGUUUAUUGAAUUUAAUAAGAAAAUUACAUGCUCGUGUUAUGCGUUGCCAGGAUAAUAUUACAAAUUUAAUGAAAAUGAUUUAUGAGUGGGCAAUUUUACCAGUACUUGAACGUAAAGAUUCAAAAGUUGAAAAUUUACUUGAAAUUGAAGAACGUGAACAAAGAUUUAACAAAAGAUAUAGUGAUAUUGAGACAACAAGUAGUGAGAUUAAACGUAUUUUAGAUGAGAAUUACAAGCUAUAUUUCGAUCUUAUUCCUGAAUCCGAUUAUAUGAAAGAAGAAUUUGAACGUGCCAUCUCGGAACUUGAGCCUGACGAAGCGGAUACAGAAGCUGCGGUUGGACAAGUCGAGGAAACCAUGGAAUUAGAAAUUAUAUCUGAUAAAGAAUUAGACCAAAAGAAGAGCAAUGAAAAUAAAGAUACAACAUUGCCAGAUGUUGAAAUGACACCAUCUGAAUUGUUAAAAAAAAAUGAAAAUGAUGAAAAAGAAAUGAUACUUGAUGAACAACGACAACUCAAGUGGAAACCUUAUCUCAUUUAUAUUGAUCAAUUGAUAUCCAAAGGAUUGAUACAAGCAGUAUCAACAAGUAUUUGUUAUAUACUUGAUGAAACUGAUCCAGAGGGAAAUGUACUGCCACUAUUUGAGGUGCAACUUUGUCUGGAAAUGCCUGAUAUCAUCUUUCAGCCUUCACUUAAAAUUGACGACCCAAGAGGAUUUUAUGGAUUUUAUGAAGGCUUGAUGUUAGACAUUAUGAAAAUGGGAACAUUAAUUUCUCGUUUAGAUCCUGAUAAAGCUGUAGAACGACAAAAUUACGGAAUUGACUUGGCUGAAGAAGAAGGAAUAACAUUUAUGCUGGAAGAGACAUCAAAUAGAGUUAAGCAAGCUCUAGUCCAAGCCCAAGAGUAUUCAACUACAUAUGAGACUUAUAAUUGGCUGUGGCUAGACGACAGACAACAGUAUCUUGAUUAUUUUUUAAAAUACUCAAAAAAUCUUAAUGAUGAAGAAAAAGAAUUAGCUGCUGAAUCACCAGAUAAUUUACGUGACAUUAUUAAAGAAAAAAAUCCAAUUUUAAGUGACUUUAAAAGAGAAAUUGAUUAUUUUAUGAAUUUAUAUAAAAAAUGUAAUUUAUUUGAUGAUGAAAAAAUAAUAUGUCGUUGGUUAAAAAUUAAUACAAAGCCAUUUAAACAGUCUUUAUUAAAUAUCAUUUGUAAAUGGGCCAAUGUAUUAAAACAGCAUCUUGUGGAUCAGGUCAAUACAAGUUUGAAACAGCUGUCAGAAUUUCUUAAUGCUGCAACUGAUAGAUUUUCACAAGAAGUGUCAGAAGAUGACUAUCAAGGCUUACUGUCAGCUAUUUAUUAUCUCAAAGAAGUCAAGAAUAGACAGCCUAAAAUAGACAAUAUGUUUGACCCAAUUAAGGAAAUAAUUAAUUUAUUGGCUGAUUAUGAUGUUGAAUUUGGUGAAGAGACAUUUGAUUGGCUAACACGUCUACCUGAAUCAUGGACAAAUGUUAAAAAAUUAGCAGCUUUAACAAAACAAGUUGUAUCACCUUUACUUGCUCAUCAAAUUGACUUGAUAAAAAAACGUCUCAACUAUUUCGAUUUUAGACAACAAAAAUAUUUAAUUAAAUUUCGUGAAAAUAAUAUUUUUAAAUAUGGCUGUCGAAAUAUUUAUGAAAAGCUAGAUGAAGUUAAUGAAGAAAUAACAGAAUAUGAAGAUGAGUUGAAUACAUUAAUGGAAACUGCACAUAUAUUUGAGCUACAGGUUCAAGAGUUUAAACAUAUUAAACAAGCCAGGCGUGAAUUAAAGCUAUUGAAAUGUUUGUGGGAUUAUGUCAUCGUUAUAGAAUCAAGUUUAGAUGAAUGGAAGACUACUGUGUGGAAGAAGAUUGAUGUUGAGGGCAUGGAUCAAGAGUGUAAAAAAUUAACACGAGAAUUGCGAUUACUUGAUAAAGAAAUUAAAGCUUGGGAAUUAUAUCACUAUAUUGAGGGACAAGUUAAAAAUAUGAUGUCAUCAUUGAGAGCUGUUUCAGAGUUACAAAAUCCAGCAAUUAGAGAAAGACAUUGGAAUCAAUUAAUGGCUGAAACAAAAGUAAAUAAUAUAUGUUAUUUUUGUGUCAAGUUUACAAUGCAUGAUAAAACAACACUCGAUGAUUUAUUGAGACUUGAGUUACAUAAAUAUGAAGAAGAAGUUAAAAAUACUGUUGACAAAGCAGUUAAAGAAAUGGCUAUGGAAAAAGUUUUAAAAGAAUUGACAAAUACAUGGUCUAAUCUUGAAUUUGAAAAAGAAUAUCAUGACAGAACAAAAUUAAAUGUUUUAAAAAUUGCCGAAGAGACAAUUGAAAUAUUGGAAGAAAAUCAAGUUCAAUUACAAAAUAUGCUUAGCUCAAAAUUUGUCGGAUAUUUUAUUGACGUUGUGACAGAUUGGCAGAGUAAAUUAAGUAAUGCUGAUGCAGUCAUCAAUGUUUGGUUUGAAGUACAACGUGCUUGGAUGCAUCUUGAAAGUAUAUUCAUUGGUUCUGAGGAUAUACGCAGUCAACUGCCAGAAGAUUCAAAACGCUUUGAGAAAAUAGAUCGUGAAUUUAAAGAUUUAUUGAAAGAAAUUUUAUCAGUAUUAAAUAUUAUUCGAGCUACAAAUAAACCAAAACUUUUAGAGAGACUUGAAGAAUUGGAAGAGCAAUUAAAUUUAUGUGAAAAAGCAUUGUCAAAUUAUUUAGAAACAAAAAGACUUGCAUAUCCAAGAUUUUAUUUUAUAUCACCUGCUGAUUUACUUGAUAUUCUCAGCAAUGGUAAUAAUCCACAAAUGGUAUGCAAACAUUUAUCAAAACUUUAUGAUUCAAUUGCAAAUUUAAAAUGGAAAAUGGAAAAUGGUAAAGCAAGUAAAAUAGCAAAUACAUUAAUUGCUAAAGACGGUGAAGAAAUGCCAAUGCAUGGAACUUGUGAUUGUAAUGGACAAGUUGAAAUUUGGCUAAAUAGAUUAACAGAUAUUAUGAGAAAAAGUGUACGUUAUCAUUUUAGUCAAGCUGUUGGUUCAUAUGAAGAAAAACCACGUGAAAAUUGGAUACUUGAUUAUGAAGCACAGCCAGCAUUAUGUGGUACACAAAUAUGGUGGACAACAGAAGUCAACAUGGCAUUUGCUAGACUUGAAGAAGGCUUUGAAAAUGCCCUUAAAGAUUAUCAAAAAAAACAAAUAAAUCAAUUAAAUGCAUUGAUAACAAUCCUGUGUGGUGAAUUAAGUGAUAAUAAUAGACAAAAAAUUAUGACUGUAUGUACAAUUGACGUUCAUGCUCGAGAUGUUGUUGCUAAAUUAAUAACAAUGAAAGCUGAAAAUUCAUCAAGUUUUCAAUGGCAGUCACAAUUGCGACACAGAUGGGAUGAUAAACUUGGUGAUUGUUUUGCAAAUAUAUGUGAUGCUAGUUUUUCAUAUGGCUAUGAAUAUUUGGGUAAUGUACCACGUCUAGUAAUAACACCACUAACAGACAGGUGUUACAUUACCCUUACACAAUCAUUACACUUGGUAAUGGGGGGUGCACCAGCUGGACCUGCUGGUACAGGUAAAACUGAAACAACCAAGGAUUUAGGUCGAGCACUUGGACAAAUGGUAUACGUCUUCAAUUGCUCGGAACAAAUGGAUUACAAAUCUUGUGGAAAUAUUUACAUGGGUCUAGCACAAACUGGUGCAUGGGGAUGUUUUGAUGAAUUUAAUAGAAUAUCUGUUGAAGUAUUAUCAGUUGUUGCUGUACAAGUUAAAUGUGUACUUGAUGGUAUUAAAAGUAGAAAAAAAAAAUUUUUAUUUUUUGGUGAAGAAUUAAAUAUUGUUAAUACUGUUGGUAUGUUUAUAACAAUGAAUCCUGGUUAUGCUGGUCGUACUGAAUUACCAGAAAAUUUAAAAACACUAUUUAGACCAUGCGCAAUGGUUGUACCAGAUUUUGAAUUGAUAUGUGAAAUAAUGCUUGUUGCUGAGGGUUUUCAAGAGGCACGUUUAUUAGCACGUAAAUUUAUAACACUGUAUACAUUAUGCCGUGAAUUAUUAUCAAAACAAGAUCAUUAUGAUUGGGGAUUACGUGCAAUUAAAUCAGUACUUGUUGUUGCUGGUAAAUUAAAACGUGGUGAUCGUCAACGUCCAGAGGAUCAAGUAUUAAUGAGAGCAUUGAGAGAUUUUAAUACACCAAAAAUAGUAACAGAUGAUGUGCCAGUAUUUAUGGGUCUUAUUGGUGAUUUAUUUCCUGCAUUAGAUGUACCACGUAAACGUGAUUUCGAAUUUGAAAAAAUGAUACGUAAAGCAUCAAUUGAUUUAAAUAUGCAACCAGAAGAUGGUUUUAUACUAAAAAUAGUACAACUUGAAGAAUUAUUUAAUGUACGUCAUUGUGUAUUUAUUGUUGGUUUUGCUGGUACUGGAAAAACCCAAGUAUGGAAAACACUAUAUCGUACAUAUUUUAAUCAAUUAAAAAAACCAUAUUACAAUGAUCUUAAUCCAAAAGCCGUGACAAAUGAUGAAUUAUUUGGUAUUAUUAAUCCAGCAACAAGAGAAUGGAAAGAUGGAUUAUUUUCAGUAUUGAUGAGAGAUCAAGCAAAUAUGAGUGGUGAUGGACCAAAGUGGAUUGUAUUUGAUGGUGAUAUUGAUCCAAUGUGGAUUGAAUCACUCAAUACAGUUAUGGAUGACAAUAAAGUAUUGACACUUGCAUCAAAUGAAAGAAUAGCAUUGACAAAACACAUGAGAUUAUUAUUUGAAAUAUCAAAUUUAAAAACAGCAACACCAGCAACAGUAUCACGAGCUGGUAUACUUUAUAUUAAUCCUCAAGAUCUUGGCUGGAAUCCAUAUGUUACAAGUUGGAUUGAGACACGUGAUAAAACAGAACGUGCAAAUUUAGUUAUAUUAUUUGAUAAAUAUAUACCGUCAUUACUUGAAGCAUCGAAAUAUAAAUUUAAAAAAAUAACACCAAUACCAGAAAUAUGCCAUCUUGAAAUGUUGUGUAAUUUAUUAGAUUGUUUAUUGAUUAAUGAAAAUGUACCAAAUGAUUGUCCAAAAGAAUGGUAUGAAUUGUAUUUUGCAUUUGCAUGUAUUUGGUCAUUUGGAUCGACAAUGUUUAAAGAUCAAUUGGUAGAUUGGCGAAAUGAAUUUAGCAGAUGGUGGUUAAGUGAAUUUAAAACAAUUAAAUUUCCAUCUGGUGAUAAUAUAUUUGGUUAUUACAUUGAUAAUGAAACUAAAAAGCUAUUACCAUGGAGUGAAAAAGUUGGUAGAUGGGAACUCGAUAUGGAUAUUCCAUUACAAUCGACACUUGUUCCAACUGGUGAAACAGUUAGACUAAGAUUUUUUAUGGAUUUAUUAAUGAAAAAAAAAAUACCAAUUAUGCUUGUGGGAAGUGCUGGCUCUGGUAAAAGUGUUAUAGUCAAUGAAAAAUUAUCUUCUUUAAGUGAUAGCUAUAACGUAGCAAAUGUACCAUUCAAUUAUUACACGACAUCCGAAAUGCUUCAACGUAUUCUUGAAAAAUAUCUUGAAAAAAAAGCAGGACGUAAUUAUGGACCACCAGGAACCAAGCAAUUGGUUUAUUUUGUUGAUGAUAUGAAUAUGCCGGAAGUUGAUGCAUAUGGGACAGUACAACCACACACACUUAUACGACAACACAUGGACUACAAUCAUUGGUAUGAUAGAGCAAAACUUACAUUGAAAGAUAUUCAUAAUACACAAUAUGUAUCUUGCAUGAAUCCAACUGCUGGAAGUUUCACCAUUGAUCCAAGACUCCAGAGACAUUUUGCUGUAUUUUCAGUCAGCUUUCCUGGUCAUGAUGCACUUGUCACAAUAUACAGUCAAAUGUUACAACAACAUUUUUCAAACCCACAACAAAAAAUAACUUCAAUAAUACAAAAACAAAUUGAGCCAAUAAUCAAUACAGCAUUAUUUGUUCAUGAAAAAGUUACAACAACAUUUUUACCAACAGCUAUUAAAUUUCAUUAUACAUUUAAUCUUCGUGAUUUGUCAAAUUUAUUUCAAGGUUAUUUAUUUGCAAAUGGUGAUGCUAUUGUUAAUUCAAAUGCAGCAAUACGUUUGUACGUUCAUGAAGCAACCAGGGUUUAUUGUGAUAAACUCGUUAAUUUCGAUGACAAAAAAGAAUUCCAAUUACUAUUGCAAGAUGCGUUGAGAAAAAAUAUAACGGAAUUAGAAGAGGAUGUUGUUUUUGCUGAGCCAUUAAUUUAUUGCCACUUUGCUGAAGGAAUUGGUGACCCAAAAUACAUGCCUGUUAAAGAAUGGCAACAAUUAAUUAAAUUAUUAGACGAUGCACUUGUUAAUUACAAUGAAUUGGUUGCAGCAAUGAAUCUAGUGAUGUUUGAAGAUGCAAUGUAUCAUGUUUGUCGUAUAAAUCGUAUACUUGAAUCACCAAGAGGUAAUGCACUGUUAGUGGGUGUUGGAGGAAGUGGAAAACAAUCUCUGUCUCGUCUAGCAUCCUUUAUUUCCGGUCUUGAGGUUUUUCAAGUACAAUUACGAAAAGGAUAUUCAAUAAAUGAUUUAAAAAUUGAUCUUGCUGGAUUGUAUUUAAAAGCUGGAUUAAAAAAUAUUGGAAUAACAUUUUUAAUGACUGAUUCACAAGUUGCACAAGAAAGAUUUCUUGUUGUUGUUAAUGACAUGCUUGCAUCUGGUGAAAUUGCUGAAUUAUUUGCUGAUGAUGAAGUUGAUAAUAUCAUCAAUGCAGUACGCAAUGAAGUCAAACAGCUUGGUAUCAUGGAUACAAAAGAAAAUUGUUGGAAAUUUUUUAUUGAUCGUGUGAGAAAACAAUUAAAAUGUGUAUUAUGUUUUUCACCGGUUGGUGCAACAUUGAGAAAAAGAGCUAGACAAUUUCCUGCUUUGGUUAAUUGUACGUCAAUCAAUUGGUUUCAAGAUUGGCCUCAAGAUGCACUGGAGUCUGUGUCAAUAAGAUUUCUCGAAGAGCUGGAAGAAUUACCAGAACAAUAUAGAAAAUCUGUGUCUUUGUUUAUGUCAUAUGUUCAUCAAAGUGUCAAUGAAAUGUCAUCAGUAUAUUUACAAAAUGAAAAAAGAUACAAUUACACAACACCAAAAUCAUUUUUAGAACAAAUUGCAUUAUACACAAAGCUACUUGGUGAAAAAGUAUUUAAUUUAAAAUCAAUGAUACUACGUCUUGAAAAUGGCUUAACAAAAUUAGCCUCAUGUGCUGGACAGGUAGACGAGUUAAAAGCAAUUUUAGCUGUUCAGGAAGUUGACUUGAAGAAGAAGAAUGAGAUUGCUGACAAAAUCUUGGCCGAGGUAACAGAGGAAAAUACUAAAGCGGAAGUGGAAAAGACGAUAGUUUCUGAGGAAGAAGCAAAGAUUGCUGAGAUUAAAGAACGAGUGUCGUUAAGACAGAAACAAUGUGAUCAAGAUUUAGCUAAAGCAGAACCAGCAGUCAAACAAGCUGAAGCUGCAUUGAACACAUUAAACAAAAAUAAUUUAACUGAAUUGAAAUCCUUUGGCACACCACCGGAUGCAGUUGCAAAUGUUGCUCAAGCAGUACUUGUACUUUUUUCUCCAAAGGGAGGAAAAGUCCCAAAGGAUAGAAGUUGGAAAGCUUGCAAAGCAAUGAUGGGCGGUGCUGAUGCUUUUUUAUCAGCAUUACGAAAAUAUAACAAAGAGAAUAUUCAUCCAGAAGUAGUAAAAGCAAUACAACCAUAUAUCAAUGAUAAAGACUUUGAACCAGACUUUAUUUACUCAAAAUCCCAGGCAGCUGCUGGUCUAUGCAGUUGGGUUAAAAAUAUCAUGGCUUUUCAUUAUAUUAAUGAAAAAGUUAAACCCCUAAGGGCAGCAUUGGCCGAAGCAAAUUCCGAGUUAAAAGCAGCAAUGGAUAAAUUAAAUUCACUACAAAGUCGUUUAUCGGAAUUAAAAAAAGUAUUAGAUGUGCUGGGUGAAAAAAUGAGUAUUGCACUUGGUGAAAAAAAAAUAUGUCAAGAUGAAGCUGAUGCAACAGCAAUGACAAUUGAUUUGGCAAAUAGAUUAGUUAAUGGUCUUGGAUCAGAAAAAAUACGUUGGAGUGAAACUGUCAGAGUAUUAAAAAACUCGGGAGAUACAGUACCAGGUGAUGUAUUACUCGUCACAGCAUUUAUCUCAUAUGUUGGUUGUUUCACACGUAAAUACAGACUUGAUCUGAUGAACAUUCAUUGGAUACCAUUCAUUGAUAAAUUGGAGGUGCAAAUACCGAGAACUGUCGAUUUAGAUCCACUCUCUUUGUUAACUGAUGACGCACAAAUUGCCCAGUGGAAUAAUAAUGGAUUACCAACUGAUAGAAUGUCAACUGAAAAUGCAACAAUACUAACAAACUCAGCAAGAUGGCCAUUGAUGAUUGAUCCACAAUUACAAGGUUUAAAAUGGAUUAAAGCAACGUAUGGUGAUGAUUUGAAAAUAUUACGACUAUCACAUAAAAAUUAUUUGGAUCGUAUUGAAUUUGCAAUAUCAAAUGGUGAAAUUGUACUGUUGGAAAAUAUUAUGGAAACAGUUGAUGCUGUUUUGGAUCCAAUAUUGGGCAGAGUACUUGUCAAAAAAGGAAGAUCAAUUAAAAUUGGUGAUAAAGAAAUUGAUUUUAGUCCAAAUUUUCGUUUAAUUUUACAAACAAAAUUAGCAAAUCCUCAUUAUAAGCCAGAAAUGCAAGCACAAACGACAUUGAUUAAUUUUACUGUGACAAGAGAUGGUUUAGAAGAACAAUUAUUGGGUGAUGUUGUUAAAGCUGAACGUCCAGAUUUAGAAACUACAAAAGCCGAAUUAACAAAACAACAAAAUACAUUUAAAAUAACAUUAAAAACAUUAGAAGAUGAUUUAUUACAUCGUUUAUCAUCAGCUGGACCAAAUAUACUGAGUGAUGUUGAUCUUGUUGUUAAUCUUGAAACAACUAAAAAAACAGCUGCUGAAAUAUCAGUUAAAGUUAUUGAAUCUAAAAUAACAGCUAAACAAAUUGAUGAAGCAAGAGAAGACUAUCGUCCAGCAGCAUCAAGAGCAAGUUUAUUAUAUUUUAUAUUAAAUGAUUUAUACAAAAUAAAUAUGCUUUAUCAAUUUUCAUUAAAAGCAUUUAGUGUUGUAUUUCAAAAUGCCAUUAAAUUCACUGAACAAUCUGAUAAUAUUAAAAAAAGAGUUGGGCUAUUGAUUGACAGUAUAACAUAUCUCGUAUUUAUGUACACAUCACGUGGUUUAUUUGAGAGUGACAAACUUAUUUUCAUUUGUCAAAUGACAAUACAAAUAUUACUUCAAACCAAAGAAAUAUCACCAAUUGAAUUGGAUUUUCUACUUCGUUAUCCAUACAUGACAAAUGUCAAAAGUCCAGUUGAUUUUUUAAACAACAUGUCAUGGGGUGGUAUUAAAUAUUUGAGUAAUCUUGAUGAUUUUAAAAAUCUUGAUCGUGAUAUUGAGGGUGCUGCUAAAAGAUGGAAAAAAUUCAUUGAAUCUGGAACACCUGAGAGAGAAAAAUUUCCACAAGAUUGGAAAUCUAAAACAGCACUACAAAGACUUUGUAUGAUGAGAUGUUUGAGACCAGAUAGAAUGACUUAUGCUGUUAGAUGUUUUGUGGAGGAAAAAAUGGGUGCAAAAUUUAUUGAUUCACGUUCCCCACCAUUUGAAAAGUCGUUUGAAGAAACAACUUCAAUAACACCAGUGUUUUUCAUUCUUUCCCCUGGUGUUGAUCCACUUAAAGAUGUGGAAAAACUUGGUAAAAGCAUUGGCUUUACAUUUGAUAAAAGAAAUUUUCAUAAUGUAUCACUGGGUCAAGGUCAAGAACCAGUGGCUGAAGAAUCAAUGGACCACGCAGCUAAAAAUGGUCACUGGGUCAUUCUACAAAAUAUACAUCUCGUUAAAAGUUGGCUAUCAAAUUUAGAAAAAAAAAUGGAACAAUUAUCUGAUAAUCCUCAUGAUGAUUAUCGACUAUUUAUCAGUGCUGAACCAAGUGCAGAUCCUCAUGAAUCAAUUAUACCACAAGGUAUUCUAGAGUCAGCGAUUAAAAUAACAAAUGAACCACCAACGGGUAUUCAUGCCAAUAUUCACAAAGCUUUGGAUAAUUUUAAUCAAGAAACUCUAGAUUCGUGUUCAAAGGAAUCAGAAUUCAAAGGAAUUUUAUUUGCAUUGUGUUAUUAUCAUGCAGUUGUGGCUGAGAGAAGGAAAUUUGGUCCACAAGGAUGGAAUCGAUCGUAUCCAUUCAAUGUAGGUGACUUGACAAUAAGUGUGUCAGUUUUGUUGAAUUAUCUUGAGAGUAAUUCAAAAGUACCAUGGGAAGAUUUGCGAUAUUUAUUUGGUGAAAUAAUGUAUGGUGGUCAUAUUACUGAUGAUUGGGACAGACGAUUAUGUCGAACGUAUUUACUUGAAUAUUUACAGUCUGAUUUGAUUGAUGGUGAUUUGUAUAUUGCACCUGGUUUUAUGGCACCACCAAAUACUGAUUACGCUGGGUAUCACAAGUACGUUGAUAAUUAUUUACCAGCUGAAAGUCCAGUUCUAUAUGGUCUACAUCCAAAUGCAGAAAUUGGAUUUUUGACAAUGACAGCUGAUAAUUUAUUCAGAGUUGUUUUGGAAAUGCAACCAAGAGAUUCUGGUGAUAAUUCUGGUGGUGGUUUAUCACGUGAAGACAAAGUACGUAAUGUCAUUGAAGAUAUACUUGAUAAACUUCCUGAAAUAUUUAAUAUACAAGAGCUAAUGAGUAAAACUGAAGAACGAACACCUUUUAUCAUUGUUGCAUUUCAAGAAUGUGAAAGAAUGAAUAUUCUUUGCAGUGAAUUACGUAGAUCAUUACGUGAAUUGGAGCUUGGUUUAAAAGGUGAAUUGACAAUCAAUGCUGAUAUGGAGGAUUUACAAAAUUAUUUAUACAUGGAUUCAGUGCCACCAUCAUGGACAAAACGUGCAUAUCCAUCAAGUCUUGGUUUGGCUGGUUGGUUUGCUGAUAUGUUGAAUAGAAUAACUGAGUUGGCAAAUUGGACAGCUGAUUUUAAUCUACCAUCAUCAAUAUGGCUUGGUGGAUUUUUUAAUCCACAAUCAUUUUUAACAGCAAUAAUGCAACAAACAGCAAGAAAAAAUGAAUGGCCAUUAGAUAAAAUGUGUCUACAUUGUGAUGUUACAAAAAAACAAAAAGAUGAAAUAUCUGGAGCACCACGUGAGGGUGCUUAUGUUAAUAGUUUAUACAUGGAAGGUGCAAGAUGGGAUAUGCAAUUAGGAACAAUUGCUGAAUCAAAAUUAAAAGAAUUAUUUCCUCAAAUUCCAGUUAUUUAUAUUAGAGCAAUAACACAAGAUAAACAAGAUUUAAAAAAUAUGUAUGAAUGUCCAGUUUAUAAAACAAGAUCAAGAGGACCAACUUAUGUUUGGACAUUUAAUCUUAAAAGUAAAGAUAAACCAACUAAAUGGACACUUGCUGGUGUUGCUAUUAUGUUGCAAAUAUAA